AUGAAGGAUGAUGAGCUGGCAAUAUGGUCAAGUUUACUAAUUAGUGUUUUGGUUAUAACGGCAAAUGGACGAUAUGAGAAUUCAAACGUGAAGCAGGAUUGGUGGGAGACAGCAGUAUUCUAUCAGAUAUAUCCUCGAUCAUUUAUGGACAGUGAUGGAGAUGGAAUUGGCGACUUAAACGGUAUAACAUCACGUUUAGAAUAUUUGAAGGAGCUUGGAGUAGACGCGACCUGGCUCUCACCAAUUUUCAAAUCACCCAUGAACGAUUUUGGUUAUGACGUCUCAGAUUAUUACACAAUUCAACCAGAAUAUGGUAGUAUGGAAGACUUCGAACAACUACUGAAGAAAGCUACAGACCUGAACAUAAAGGUUGUGUUAGACUUUGUGAUUAAUCACUCCAGUAACGAAAGCGAUUGGUUCAUCAAGUCAGCUAACAGAGACGAAUAUUAUAGCGAUUGGUAUAUUUGGGAGAACGGUCACAUGAAUGAUAAAGGACAAAGAAGCCCGCCGAAUAACUGGAUCAGUGUCUUCAGAAAAAGUGCUUGGACCUACAUGCCAUCCAGAGAUCAAUAUUAUUUACAUCAAUUUGGAAGCGGGCAACCAGAUUUUAACUUCCGAAAUCCUGUUGUAGUUGACGAGAUGAAAAGUGCCAUAAAAUUUUGGCUAGAGAAAGGAGUUGCCGGUAUGAGGAUUAAUGCUGUCAACUAUCUAUUUGAAAUAGAUAAAGAUUCUUACGGUGGAAGAUAUCCUAAUGAGCCUUUGACAGGAAAGCCGGGGUUAGGUCCAGAUGAUUAUGGAUAUCUUGAGCACAUCUAUACAAAGGAUCAAGAAGAAACUUAUGAAAUGGUUUCACAAUUGAGGGAUAUUUUUGAUGCGAUUACUAUUAGGGAUAACAUGACGAGAGUUAUGAUGACGGAAGCCAACACUAAUGUCAAAAAUGCUGUAAAAUAUUAUGGAGGCGGAGUUCACGCAGGUUCUCAAAUACCAUUCAAUUAUGCCCUUGUAGAUGAUUUGAGUAAGGAUUCUGAUGCUAGAGAUUUCAAAUUUGUAAUAGACCAUUGGCUUACGUACAAACCUUUACAUGCACAUGCUAACUGGAUGACUGGCAACCACGACAAGAGCAGAGUGGCAUCGCGGUUUAGAACUGAACUAGUUGAUGCCUUCAAUAUGUUGGUACUUCUACUACCUGGAAUCGCUUUCACGUACAUGGGUGAAGAAAUAGGUAUGGUUAAUGGAUUUGUGCCUUGGAGCGAAACGAAGGACCCUCAGGCUUGCAAUACGGACGACCCUGUUAAUUUCAUCGACGUGUCGCGGGACCCCGUCAGGACUCCGUUCCAAUGGAGUAAUGGAAAAAACGCAGGAUUUUCAACCAAUGACAUUACGUGGCUCCCAGUAGCUGAAGGUUUUGAGCAUCUGAACGUAGCUGCUCAAAGGUCUGCUGUUCGUUCGCAUUAUCAAGUUUACAGAACUCUAACAAGUCUGAGACUACGACCAGCUUUUAGACUUGGGAAAUAUGAAUCUUUGGCGUUGAAUAAUGAUGUCUUUGCAUUCAAAAGAUGGUACAACGAUGAUACCUAUAUUGUCGUAAUAAACGUUGGCAGAACUUAUCACGUGGUUAACUUGACUGUCUUUGACCUGGUUUUUGGACAGUUAGAAGUGGAAGCCAGUAGCGUUUUGUCUUCCAGAACUUAUAGUGACAAUGUACCAGCCAGUUAUUUAGAUCUAGCUGGAGAUGAAGCCCUUGUCCUACGAAUGCAGGUUUGA